AUCUGACGAGAAAAAUGGAAGCUAUCGUGCGAUUUGAGAAGGAGAAUGUCCUCAGCCUUUCUUCCAAGACUAAUCAAGGACUGUUUGCACAGACUAAACGGUCAUUAAAAGGGCCUAAUGGAAAAAACCUCACUGUGCCCAAACCUCAAGCACUUAGGAAGGUUCUGGGGAACCUUAACAAACAGGUGGAACCCAAGAAAUCUGCAGCAGCAAAGGCCAAAAAGAUCAACUUGCCGAAGCAAAGAAGUGAGGAGUAUCCUGCCAUUGAAACCUUUAUCCCAUAUAACCCUUUAGAUUUUGAAAGCUUUGGGGUCCCUGAAGAACACAAACUCAGUGAUAUCUGUCUUGCUGGUAUUUCACUUUUCAUUGCAAGGGAUGAUGCAAUUAGAUUUGAUGCACUUACCGUUCCCGGUCUUUACCCGAUGGAAAAUCAAGAAAUAAAUUAUGGAGAGAACUGGCAAUCAGAUGGGAGAGCAGGAGAUUAUGGAUUGGCUCAUGAGUGA